UCUCAGACAACCUGGACGUCCGAUGGGCAGUACAAGCUGUAGUAGGGUUCAGGAGCAGCAUCUUCCGAAUCCGACUCAUUGUUGGUAGACUUGGCCUCCGCGUCACUUUGAAGCUUGUCAAGGCCACAUUCGGCGCUCAGGUCGGCGACGAUGUCGUAAUCGUAAUCGGACUGGAAGAGUCCAUAGCCCCAGGCGCCCAUCUUGGAAGGCAGUGACGAUGAAAUGGAGAUUGGUGAAACGGAAGACUCGGACGUGAAGUUCGAGAGUGAAUCGAAGGUGAGUCACGGAAAGCAGCAAACGCGCAAGGUAGCCGCUCUUGCCUUCUUCGACCAGGCAGCACACGAAACUCGCGCGCGCACAUUGCAAAAAGGACGUGUCGUGCGGCGCUUUGCAUAUUUUGCGCAUACCUGCACACCGCUGCGCUGACGCACACACAACCUUCAGGACAAAGCUGUGUUCGCAAACGCUUUGCCAGUUUGUCCACCUCCUUUCUGGGUUUUCUCAAACCCACUCCACGGCCAGGAAGCUCACUCGAGUGCAUCUCUACGAACAUCGGAGCAAUUGGUCGGGCGACCUUCGUCACUCUCAUCUGCGCCCUUCAUUCCCUCAAUUGCCACACACAGACGAAGCCAUCAUGGGCGGCUGGGGGUUGCAGCUCUUCUGCUGCGACAUGGACCUGGACAUGAUUCGCAAGCUCACAUACGACUGCGGUGUGAAUGCCCUCGAAGCAGAGCACGGCAAAACUCCCAGUAAUGCUUGCGCCCAUCAUUGGCACGCCAUGCGCGACGCAGACCAUAACAUCAUGGCGCAUGAGGGAUCACCGGAAUCAAGGUCUAUCCAUGUUCGCCCCUAUUCAACGGACGGCGAGAAGAACAUCAACUUCUCUCUUCUUGCUUCUUUGUGCACGCACCCGGACAUUGUCCGCCAGUAUCUCGACAACUCCGGCAUCUUCACCGCGAAAAUGACAUCGUUCCGCCUAGAGGCAAUGCAAUCUCGUCCGGGCGUGCCAGGUGGCACGCAGGAUCCAUGGGGUCCGGCGUACAAGUUGUGCCUGUUCGGAGCCUGCGGCAUGACCCUCGGCGUUAAGAUAUCGGACGGCGAACGCGACUCUAUGCGGCAGUAUUACAAGGACUGUGGCCUCGUGCGUGACGCAGUGACCCAACUUGGUGCUGCGCUGGACAGAGACUCCGGCUACGUGAAUGGUGUUCCAUGGGACUUUGGUUCUGUUGCUCGCAAUACUAUCAUUGCGAACGGAGGACCAUCACAGGAAGACCUGAUCUUCCCUGGCACUGGUCUGCUGGAUACCUGGGCACCAGAUCAUGGCCGCUACGACGACAAGAUGUGGGACAUGCGAGAUGCCGUUGUGAAAGCUGUCGCUCAAGGAGCUCGUCCGACUGUCGAUGAGUGGACCACGACCUUUGCCAGCAUGUUCUUCUGUCCCCUACUCGAGCCGCGAACCAAGAUCUCCUCCACGAAAGCCGAUGCUCGAACCAACAUGUGGCGCUACCAGGCAGUACGAUUCGCAGCAUUCUUCGCGCCCGAAAACCCACACAACAAGGCCUGUGGCACGUGCGGUGCAAGGACCAAGGCAGAUGGUACGCCGCUGUCAUCUUGUGGCGAGUGCAAGAAGCGCAAAUACUGCUCCACUGCUUGUCAGGAGCAGGAGUGGGUGCUUCACAAGUGGCUUUGCUUGCUGAUUGGGAAGAUCGACGCAUGGCCUUCGGAGUACGAGAGAUACGAAAUGACGCUUCCCUCUCUUGCAUAAAGGACCGAUCAGUAGGAUGUUGGCAUCUUGAUCACUUGCACGUGAUAGCGGAGGCUGAUACUCGAAAUUGGUCUCCAUACAGACACAGCUUGGCUAUUGACCUCUUGCAUACGACGACGGAGGCUCGAUCCAAAGGUGGUCCGCACAGGACCAUAGCUUAGAUGAGUCAGUUUUACGAGCAGAAAUUAAAACCUUUCAAAGGCCAAACGAUGCCGGGCACUGUA